AUCAAUUAUUCGGCUAUGCUUGCUCUUCGUUUUUCAGCAUCAAAGUUGUCCCAAAAAUGAAGAACAAAUCCUAAUCCAGGCAAAAGGUCUCGAAACCAGUCCGCUCGCCCUUCCUUGUUCCCUAGCCCUGUUUCCGCUGCGUGCCCUCGCGCCCUCGCGCCGUUGCGCCGUUGCGCCGUCUGUGGUGUUUCAAAGGUUUGUGUCAUCCCUGCUGCGCCAAAUGAUGGUUUACGAAGCAUUGGACUGAAAAUGGUUAAACCUGACCUCAAUAAUCGGCUUGCUGCUCGAUUGGGGUCCAUUGACGAGGCUUUACGUGGUUCCAUUACAAAGCACCAUCUCCAAAACAAUCUCUUCUCCGCCGUGGCGCCGCCGGUUUAGGUAAGCCCAAACCUCCUCUUUCCCCCUCUGAUAGUCCCCUCCUACUUCUGUUCAACGCUUCAGUUCAAUGUUCAAACUUCAAUCUGCUAUAUUCCUCUAUUUUGUUCUGAAUAUGAUUAUGAAUUUAUAAUUUUACUAGUUAUUGGAUUGACUUUUGAAUCUUCUCUGCUGAACUGAACUCAGCUAAACUUUUGAAGUCUUUUAGUUGAAUUUUCCUCUAUUCUAUUUUGUUCUGAACCCCCUCAAAUGAACUAUUUAAUUUUUCUUGUUCAAUUUUGUUUUGAAUUUGCUGUUGUUCAAUUUUUAACAACUGGUUCCUUUCAACGUAUAACAACCAUUCACAAAUAUGCUUACCCAUAGAGUAAUGUAAGUUGUUCAAUUAGAAACCAACAACAGAGUCAUGGGAAAAAAAAUAUAUCAGACGAAGAUCAAGAACCAGAACCAGAAAACAGAAUAGGAACAAGCUGCUGAUACACCCUCUUUCUUAUCAGCAGGUUAGUAUUACGUACACUUAGCUUGCACAUUCAUGUAUAUUUUGAUAUACUGGAACCCAUGAGAUUGUACUGUUAAUUGUUUCUUUAUUAGGCAUAGAUAUCUUCACGUUGUUAUGCUUGUAUAGCUGUAUAGAUAAAGAUGAUGCUCCUAGUUAAUAAGUCAGAUAAUUUUUUUUCUGAACAGGUUGUAUUCUUGUUUUCAAAUAAAUUUUCUACAGUUUUUUAUAGCCUAGGAUCUUGAAUCGUAGGCUUUUUUGUUUUAACUAUGAUUAUUUAUCCUAUCAAAUACUUUAUUUUUCUUUAGAGAAUUUUAGUCCUUUUAUUUAUCCUAUCAAAAUGCUUGUAAGUGUUUCUUCUUUUGCGCCGGUGCUGGUUUCUGGCUUCUGACUUUGUUCGUGCAUCUUAAUAGCAAACUUACUAUUUCAGUUUGAAAAUGUUCUUCCAGACACUAUGCUAUCAAUGCUUGCUUAGCACCUCUAUAUUCUGUAGAAGGAAUGCAUGUGAUUACAGUGGAAGGAUUGGGAAGCUGCAAGAGAGGUUUGCAUCCUAUCCAGGUCAUACAAGCUUUUGAGUAUUCUUUUGUUUUGUUUCUCGCAAUGUGCACAGGGAUUAAUCUAAGAGCUUUCCUCUUGUUUGUAAAUUUAGCUUAUACAUUUGUGCUUUGAACAUGAAAUCUCUUCAUGUACUUUGCAGAUAAAUGAGCAUAUAACAAGUUAUUUGACAUUUCUGAUUCUACUCCCCCCUCCCUUGGGUUAAAAAUGAAUGGAUGGAACUUUGAGAAAGAUUAUAUCAUCGAAAGCAUUUUGUAUCUUUUUAAUGGCUUGAUGAACGUAGAGGUGUAGGGGGAGUGCUUGAUAUGACUGUAUCUGAUCACUUUUUCAAAUUUUGGUGUGGUGCACAUCUUUCCAAUGUUGUUAUCUGAUUUUCUAUCAUUUUCCCUCCAUCUUCUUUUGGGGGAGAUUGGUGCUUAAAUUGCAUUCUCUUGGUCAAAACCUGAUGAGUACCUUUGUGUGGGAAAUCUGAUUUGCAGUUUUCAUCUCCAUCGCUGGGUUGGUAUUAUUUUUAUUCCUUAUCGGGAAUAUGCAGGUUUGACAUUUAAGACAUCUGUGUAUCUGCAGUUUUGUACUCUAUGUUUAGCAGUGUAUUGUACAAGUAAACAAUUGGUGCUUGUGCAUCUUGACUAAUAUUAUGCAAUUAUACUUAUUUUCUAACAGACAUAUUUGCAAUCAACAACAACAACAUUAGAGGAGAUGAGGGUGAAAAGGAGAGAUGCAGAAUAGCGGAUGUCUCAUAGACUCCUCCCUGACAGCCUUAGGCAGCAAAUAAGACAAUAUGAGCAGUACAAAUGGCAAGAAAUCAGAGGUGUUGAUGAGGAUAACUUGAUUUGCAAUCUUCCAAAGGAUUUGAGAAGGGACAUUAAGCGCCAUCUUUGCUUGGCUUUGCUGAUGAGAGUGCCACCAUAUAUGCCUCCAGGUUUGCUGCCAAUGCACUUAGAUUGUUGUGCCAUAACCACACAAGGAAGACAAGGAUGCCGGAGAGAAUACCGCCCAUGCUGCUUCAGAAGCCUGCGGAACCUGAUUUUACUGAUGAAGAGCAGGCUGCCUGUUCUCAGUGCAAUGUUUAUCACAUUUUACGUGGAAACAAAGCUUAUGUUCCACAUAGAGGAGGCCAGAAAAAGGUCACAUUGAAAUGAGACAAUUUCUCUCAUCAUAAUACUUGAUGCCAAUGACCAAAUUCAUGUUUACUGCCACAAGUUUCAAUCCUGAAACCAGAACAGCAUGGUUGGCUGCUUGGAGGUAUUCGAGUGGUGGUUCUUGACCAAACAAAUUCCCCAUUGCAUUGUACAUCGAAUUGGGAUCCAACGCCUUCGGACUUUGUACACUAGAUCAAAAAAUCACAGUUGACUUAGGACAUGGGAAUUAGAACUUGAUCACAUCUCACUGCUACUUUGGUCCUUUGUUUGGUUCGUUUUAGCUACUUGGACUAUGUUUUUUGCAAGCUGUGAUUAGUAAUUACUGUGAGCAGGUGCAAUAUUUUUGCAAAACUUUUCGGACCCCAUUUUUUGGCUUUUAUUUAUCCAUACUCAGUUAUGACUUA